AUGUUUAAUAAUUUACCUUUUACGGAAUUAAUUUCAAAGUUUGUUUCAGUUACCGAGCUUUUUGAAAGUUUCAAAGCUAAAACUGAACCCGCCGCCCCACCCGCCGAGCAGGCAGGCUCGGAACAGCUUCUCGACCUAAAGGCGGGUCUCAAGCGAGUCUCCGCCCACCCUCUGGCUCCGCCCACGGAUGGGCGGGAUGAGGAACCUCCUAUAGACUUCAAGGCUAACUUGAAAAAAGUUACAACAAGAGCACAGCAGGAGAAAAGUUUGGAAGAGAUUGGUGAAAGAGUCGACUUUAAGUCCCAGCUCCGUAAAACUGUGAGAUCUGAGGAGAAAUCAAAACCCGAGCCCUCUAACUCCGAUCGGAAACCUAGCCUUGGAAAAACUGACACGUUGAAAAGCGAAAAUUCAGACAACCCUAGUCAAUCAUAUCUUAGACCUAGUAAAGUUUGCGAGGAUCCUACCAGUGGUUCCCUUGAACCUGAACCAGAACGGGAGGAACCUGAAUCAGGAGAAGAGAAGCGAAAAAGCUCUGGUUCUAUCUCAAGCCUGGUCAAAAUAUGGGAACUUGAGAGUGCUUCUAGUCCAAAGGACGACUUUAGUCCGGCCGAUGAACGUCCCGGAAGUGUAGUGAAGUUUGAAAAGCGGAUAUGGCCGCCAAUUCCUGCAUGCGAAACCGAAAAGCCGAUGGUUCCGAUUAAGCCGACGGUGAAACCUCCCGCACCAACCACCCGGCCACCGCCGCCGAAGGAGCCGAGUUGGAAACCGAAACCGGUUCCUGCGGCCAAACCUAUGGUCUGCAAUAUUUACGCAGCACCCAAUCAAUCCCUAAGUCAAUCAGGAAGUCAGAUUAGAAGCAUAUCAUCUCUCAGCAGCAGUGGGAGCAGACCAGGGCCUCAACUAAAGGUGGUAGAAAAGAAAGACAGUGGCCCAGUAAAGGAGAAAGAAGGAACAGACACAAAGACAGACAGACAAGAUAAACGUGCAGACAGUACAGACAGUGGACUCUCCUCAGCUUGUGAUAAGGACUACCUGAUGGAUCUAUCCAGUAGCCUGGAAAACCUGCUGGUCAACCUGGAACAAGAAAUGGGGUCAGCGGCAGCUAUGUCGGCAGCUGAUAAGGUGUGUAGCUUCCACAGUAGCUGUGUAGUAUACCUGGAUACUGUACCUGCUACAACCAGGUUCAGGUUCAGAUCACUUCUCAACAAACUAGACUCACAAGCCAAGGAUCUACGAAGUGUGAAUAAGAGGAGUGGAGGACUAGUGGAGGAGAUGAAGGGAACUCUCAAGGAUAUUGUUACAAUCAUUCAGAGAUAGAGAUCACUAUCUCCAUCCUCAUCAUCAUCUUCCUUAUCUCCAUCAUUAUCCUCUUCAUCUUCUUCCUCUUCCUUCUCAUGUUGAUAAUGUCCUUCUUUCUUUCUUUCUGACCUAAUUUCAUUUUUUAACAAAUUAAAGGGGAUGUUUGCGAAAAUUAAAUUGGUUCAAGGAUGAAUUUAUUAUCAAUUCAUUUUUUAGUUCUGUUCGAUGUUUUUGUAAUUGGAAAAUUAACUGGAAUAUCGGAUAGCAUAAACGUGCUACCAAUUGUUUCAUAAUCUAAUCAUGGUAGGUAAACGUAGUUUAAAUUUAAAAUUACGCUUACUUCUCGUUCAUAUUUUGCGAACACCACCUUUAAGACGAAACAUAACCAGCCAUGUUUUAACAAAUACUUUUUCCGAGU